AUGUCGACAUCUUCGAUUUCAUUUUACACAUAUUUAUAUCGUCAAAUUACAAUAUAUUUAGGUUUUAUCAUUCUUAUACUUGGUGUAGUUGGUGGUCUAUUAAAUAUAACUAUAUUUUUAAGUUUUCGAACAUUUCGAAAUAGUUCAUGUGUAUUCUAUUUGAUAAUUAUGUCAUUGGCAAAUCUUCUUCAUUUACUUAUGUGGUUACCUGGUCAUAUAAUGAUUUAUGGAUUUGGAAAUGAUUGGUCAAUAACUUCAACAUUAUUAUGUAAAUAUCGAUAUUAUUUCUUUCAAUUAUGGUUAUUAAUAUCAUUUACAUCGAUAUGUCUCGCAAUAAUUGAUCAAUUUCUAAGUACUUCACAUUAUCCUUUCUUACAUCGAUAUUGUAAUGUAAAAUUAGCUCGUAAUAUUAUCAUAGGAAUGAUUAUAUUUUGGUUUCUUCAUGGAAUUCCAUUUGCAUUCUAUAUUGAUAUAAUUCAAUUGCCAUUCGAUUCGAACUUAUUAAUCUGUGGAAGUUCAAAUAUCAAAUUUGGAAUGUACAUUAGUUUUGGCUUUGUACUGUUACUGAUGUGUGUUUUACCGUUAAUUACAAUGAUAAUAUUUGGUUUAUUAACAUAUUAUAAUGUAAGAAAUCUCGCUUAUCGAACAGUUCCAUUAAUUCGACGUGAAUUAGAUAAACAAUUAACACAAAUGGUUCUUGUUCAAGUGAUUUUCAAUUGUAUUUUUAUAUCACCAUAUUUAAUGAUAUUUAUUGCACAAUUUUAUUUCUCCAUAAACGACUUAAUAAAAUGUCUACUUAUUUUAAGUGUUGAUUUACAUACUUUUUAUUUUGCGAGUCCAUUUUAUAUUUAUGUUUGUUUAUCAAAACGAUUUCGUCAACAAUUAAAAAAUAUAUUUUAUGAAAGAUAUUUGAAUGGAGGAAGGCGAACGAAUUUAAUCAAUAAUCAAGUCAUACCAGAAAUACCAAGAAUUUCAAUUCACAUACCUAAUGAAUAAGGACAGUUAAUGGCGGCUGGAAUUCCAAAAAACAAGUCUUCUAAUGAUGAUGAAACAAAUGAUAAUAUGUCUGAUGAAGACGAUUGGUUAAACGCAAGUAAACAGAUCAGUCUUCAAUGUCCAUCCACAUGUCUUCAAGGUUAUUAUUAUCAACCAAAAGAAUUUGCAACUCAGAAUGUUCGAUAUGGUGAUGGUGGUUCUGCUACUCUUAAAUAUCCCAUAUGGAUAUUUGAUGGUCUAUCUAAUUUCAUUGAUAAUGAUAAUAAUACAAAUGUAAGAGAAGAACUUUUGGAAACAUUUUAUCAAUUGAAUGAUCAACGAAAAGAUUUUCAUAAGUUUCCAUCACCUGUAGAAGAUAUUAUUGAUCCAGAUCUUUUACUCUAUCGACCUAAUGAAUUUCCAAUUCCCAUAAUUCUUUCAUCUGAUGAAGAUAAUUCCGAUGAAGAUUUAACUGACGACGAAACAAAUAUUCCUUCAUCAUUAUUAUUACGUGACACUUAUCAAUGGACUCCAAGUGAAUUUCGAAUUGUUCAUAAUGAUUCCAAUUAUGAAGUACAUAUUGAAACACCUAUUAAUCAUUUACCAAUGACCGAACAAUAUGUUCGUACAUAUCGAAAGUUAGAAAAAAUAUUCGCGAAAUUAGUACCAAUGUUUGGAGAAAUACUCGAUUUUGUUAAACAGACUGAUGACAUUCGAUUACAAGUUGUUGUGAAAGUACAGAGUUAUAAUCUUCAACCAGGAGUAAAAUAUUCUGGUCGUUGGCAUACCGAAGGUCGUACAGAAAAUAUUCAAGGAGUUGGUGUUUAUUAUUUGCAUAUCGAUGAUCAACUUGAAGGUGGUGCGCUCAAGUUUCGUCCGGCUACAACACCGAGCAAAACAUAUGCUGAAUGGGGUGAUAUUGAAAUCAAUCGUUAUCUUAUGCCUCAAACUGAUACUGCGAUUGUUUUUGCCAAUAAUUUAGCACAUCGUUUCUGUUCGAUGCGAAAUGCAACUUCGAUUGCUCGUCGUCGUACAUUCGUGAAUUUUUUCGUCGUUUCUCCGAAAUAUCCAAUUGAUGUUUUAUCAAUAUCAAAUUUACCGUUGAUUAGUUAUGAACAAUGUCAAAAUCUUUUAGCUAAAAUAGAAGAUCAACAUCAACGACAAGUUUUACCGGAUUUAGUGAUUGAAAAGAUACUUUCAUUUUUUAAAAAGAAUAUGUGGAAAAUGGAUGGAGAUGAAAAACAAUUUCGAGCACGUGUUCGACAUGAAAUGUUGAAUGAGAAAAGUGGUUGGGCUGGCAUUCAUUUUGGUAACAGUGGUGAUAUUGUUUUUAUUAAAUCAAAUGCUGAUUUAUCUCGUAAAAGACGACACUACGGAAUUCGCAACAUGUCUUCUGCUCUAGAUCAUACAGAAUCGGAUUGA